AUGCAGUAUGUCAAACUGUUCCCAAAAUUUAAAAAGAGUGAAUUAACAGGUUCAUCACACAUUGUUCAAACUGAAAUGCUUUGUAAGCUUCUUCAGCUCAUCAUUUCACCUGCCGUUGAACAACUCUACACUUUUGCUUCAGAAGAAAGAAGAUUCUGGAAGAUGAAGUUUCUUCUUCUCCUUGCUCUAGCAUGUUUGGUGUCUGCUGCUGAGGAACCCUUACUGUUUUCAGGGAAAUACAAUACCAUCUACCUAGCAGGCAAAUAUGUGAGUACAACUGCAGAAAAUGGUCAAAUGAGGAUGCUGAUGCGUGAGAUUAAGUAUUUUAACCAAUACAGAUUAAUGAGCAUGAAGUUCUAUGUCAGCGAGUUUUUAAAUGGGAAUAUGUCCCAAGGAGAGUGUCCUAAAAGAAACAGGACUAAUCCCAUCACUGGAACCUGGAUAGUGCCUGAUGCAAUUUAUCAUUUUCCAAAAAUCUACACUUUUCCAACAGCUGAGGGAGGCUUAUAUCGAGCAANUGGAACAAGUAUCACUGAAGAAAUGUGGAAAAAAUAUGUGAAGCUGACUCAGAAACUUGAAAUUCCUACUAAAAAUAUUGAAAAUGUCUAUAAAACAGAUGUGUGCCCUAAAUGGGAGCCUUGA